AUGUAAGACCAAGCUUCGUCUUGAUAUGAUUGUGUAAUCACCUGGCUAAUAGCAAAUCGUGACACAGUGGAAGCUGGAUGACCCGUCAUCUAGUCCAUCAACACCACGACAGCUACAACAUCAUCUGCCUCGACAAGAUGGAAAAUGUCUCCUUCAUCAACAAUAUCCUCGAGCUGUUCCAAUUCCCAAGUUUCAGAUUCAUCCACGGCUCCAUCACCGAUCCCAAGACCGUCUCUUUUGCCCUGGAAGCCUACCAGCCAUGUGCAGAACUCAUUCGAAGACCCCUUCACUUUUACCGAGAGAACAACGUUGUGGGCACCCAUGUGCUCCUGGAUGCGGUCAAGAACUAUGGCAACAUCAAGCGCUUUAUUCACAUUUACACCGAUGAGGUCUACGGUGAGACCAACGGCACCAUGGCCAAAGAGGAUAGUACGCUGUUGGCACCCACGAAUCCUUACUCGGCAAGCAAAGCUGCUGCUGAGAUAUAUGUCAUGGCGUACAAGCACAGCUUCGGAAUCCCAGUGAUCAUCGUUCGCAGCAACAAUGUUUACGGGCCUUGCCAGUACCCUGAGAGAGACGGCACCCACGCCCGCCGCUUCCUCUACGUAGGAGACGCAGCCGACGCCCUGGAAACCAUCCUGCACAAAGGCGCUGACGAGAUCUACAACAUCGAUUCUCGCUACAAAGUCCAGAACCGCAAAAUCGCCGCGUAUAUCCUUGAAUUGUUUGGCCGCGACCCUGUCUCCGAAUUCAACCAAUGUGUCCGGACGAUCUUCUCAGCCUCAAACAGUCCAUGCACAAUUGCGCAUCGUCAUUAA